AUGGGAGACCGGCCAUAUCCAGUGUCUGAGACCUUCGUCACCAGUGCUGGUCGCCGCACUCAUCCUCCUCCACGCCAGCAAAAUGGAGUGCAACAGUUCACGCAGCGUGAGCUUGCUUCACGCAGAAUGAAAGAGCUAAGUUCUUAUAUGAACGAAACGUGUAUGUUUCGCUCAACGGCAAUUGACGCCGCGGCAGUAGAAGCAGCGCUCAAAGAGCGCAGUGAAAACAAGAACUCAUCUGCGCAUGCCGAACUCGAGGACAGACACGAAACAGAAUCGUCCGCAAAGUACAAGUUCCACGUACCUGAUGCCCAAGAAGCGAAGGUUUUAACCCCUGAAGACAAUGCCGAGAACUACUUCCGGAAGGCUCCUCAAUCAGCGCUGCAGAGUUUUAAACAACGCCUUCGAGAAGCCAUUAAAAGGGCAAAAGGAUGCCUGGGAUUUCUCAUCCUGAAAGCUGUUCUCAAGGAGCUGAGCGACGUUCGCGGUCUCGUUCCAGCACAAGAAGUGGAACAGUUCCUCUGGGACUCGUUUGGUGUCCAGUCAGCAGAUAUCCCUAUAGAGCACUUGCGAAGCGCCUUAAAAAUUCUGACACUAGUGGACAAGGCAUCUAUAAGGACUUCUGACCUUGUGGAGUUUUUAUGGGUACCUAUCGAGUCUUGCCGAAGAAACAUCCUCGUAGCCUUCCAACAGGUUGCCGCAUCUUCGACGGAUAUAGUAGCAGCGGGGUCCAGCGCUGCAACAGUACGCAUCACUCAUCCCCGACCACAAAUACAGCUCAGCAGUAUCCCGGAGUUCCUACACCCUUUCCUUUGUGAGAAAGACAAUUGUGGCCAAGUGGCGCUUCCACUCGUACUUGAGGCCCUCGUGGACUUGAGCCAGGGCAUUGCUGACGACGCAAGCUUCCUAGCGACCGUCUGCGAUAUCGCGGAAAAGGAGGGCCUCCAUUUGUAG